CUCCUCAUUUUUCUCUUUCAAUUUUCUACCUAUGCAUUCUGUUACUCCCAUAACAAAGUACGCUACUCAUUUCUGAUUUCACCAAUCUAUUUUUUGAAGAGGAAAAUCUAAUGAGAAAGCUCAAUUUUUAUUUGUUCACUUCGUUUUCUUUAAUUUCUCAUAAAUUAGGUACAAGAAAUGUUGAAAUCAGAAAUGAGUAGUGUGUGAGAACUUUCUGGUUCUGAAAGCCAUGGCUUGGUGCUUAAAACAACGCAUGCUAUCUCCUGUUAUCUUCCCUGCUAGUGUUCUAUUACGCUUAUUGUCGAAUCAUUCUUCCAUUGCUGAGAAGCUUCCAAGGUUUGAACACCAUCUUAAACCACAACAACAAUCUCUUAACUUUUUGGUUGUUGGAGAUUGGGGAAGAAAGGGAAACUACAAUCAAUCUUUGGUGGCCCAUCAGAUGGGAAUUGUAGGAGAUAAUCUAAAUAUAGAUUUUGUGAUCUCAACUGGUGACAAUUUUUACAAAGAUGGUCUAGAAGGAGUUGAUGAUCCUACAUUCUAUGAGUCAUUUGUCAAUAUCUACACUGCCCCGAGCCUGCAAAAGAUUUGGUAUAGUGUUUUGGGAAACCAUGACUACAGAGGUGAUGUUGAUGCACAACUAAGCUCAAUUCUAAGACAAAAAGAUAGCAGAUGGGUCUGCUUGAGAUCUUUUAUUCUUGAUGGAGGAAUUGUAGAAUUUUUCUUUGUGGACACAACUCCUUUUAUAGAAAAGUAUUUUACAGAUCCAAAAGAGCACACCUAUGAUUGGAAUGGUGUCCUUCCUCGUGAAUCUUAUCGUGCAGAACUCUUGAAGAAUGUUGAUUUAGCUUUGGUGAAAUCCAAGGCAAAAUGGAAGAUAGUGGUGGGUCAUCAUACCAUCAAAAGUGUUGGGCAUCAUGGUAAUACACAGGAGCUUGAGCAGCAGCUUCUUCCCAUCUUAAAGUCAAACAAUAUUGAUGCAUACAUCAAUGGACAUGACCAUUGUUUGCAGCACAUAAUUGACAACGAGAGUGGAAUUCAUUUUUUCACAAGUGGAGGUGGAUCGAAGGCAUGGCGAGGCGAUAUCAAGUCAUGGAACCCGGAAGUGAAGUUUUACCAUGACAGACAAGGAUUCAUGUCUGUGCAGAUCACAGAAAUGAAUGUAGAUGUUGUAUUCUAUGACGUUUUGGGCAAGGUUUUGCAUAGAUGGAGCAUAUCGAAAGAACUUAAAGCAGCAACAUAGAUACAAUAAGCUAAAAUUAUGCACAUAAUUUUAAUUUUGUGGAGGAUAUGUUCCCACAAAUGUUUCAUUAGUCCCAAAAAGGAACUAUAAAUUUGUGUGCACAAAUGGUGCAGUCUUGCACUUGUUGUUAUAGUCAUUAUAGAUUUCCCUUGCCAUUCAAUUCAAGGGAAAUUAAUCUAUUCGUUUUGAAUUAAAACUAUUUCUCAUCAAACAAUUGUUUUCUCCCUUAGAUCAUUUGCCAAAGCCUUGGGCUUCUUGAGACUUGCACACGGCACCCAAGUGCUUGAAAUAAAGUGAAAAUUCUGCAGGUCUUGCAUAGUAUCAUGCCCUGCCAUAAUCCAAAGUAGCAGUUUUCAAAAAAAAAUUCUACUGUUAUAGUCUGUGUGAUUCAGGCCACCAUCUUCCUUAUUGUAUUUGAGGGAUUAACUCGAUUAUCCGUAAGAUAGAAGGAUCAAGCAGUCGUGUCCUCGUCUUCAUCAAUAUUGUCUGGUAAUCCUACUGCAUUAGAAACAAUGCAAAUAAAGAGACUUAAUCGAAAAAAGGCCGGACUUUUCAGGCACCCGAUUCCAUCUAUCCUCGUUAUGACUAACAAUACUUCCACCGAUGUCCCCCAUCAAUUUGUCUCGCUAUCUGUAUUCUCAUUCAAAGAAAUUCCGCCACCAAAGUAAAUUCCAAUGCCAUUUUCCAUACUCCCAAAACCUCAUGUCACUAACAAAACAAGACUUUUGUAACUAUAUUCAAAAUCCAGACAUCGUGCCAAAACCCCAUGUUUGAUUCACCAUUUCCCGUUAUUUCCUUUGCAAAAUCAAAAAACCAAUAAUUCUCCUCCUAUCAAGAUCACACAAUCUCUCCCAUACUAUGCUUCCAACACAUUUUUCCAAGUGGCUUUUCCAUUAUUUCUUGAAAGUCACUUCCAUUUCGAAAGAAGAGACACAUUCGAUAAUUAUGAUGUUAAUAUGUUGAAGGUUGAUUUUUUAUUUUUUUGGUUAGAGUUGAAGGUUGAUUAUAAUAUAUUUUAUUUU